AUGGCCAGCCAGAGUGAUAAGAGCGUUUUCGGCAUGCCCGGAUUCGUCGUUGACUUCCUGAUGGGUGGUGUUUCCGCUGCCGUCUCCAAGACUGCUGCUGCCCCCAUCGAGCGUAUCAAGCUCCUCAUCCAGAACCAGGAUGAGAUGCUUCGCGCUGGUCGUCUCGACCGCAAGUACAACGGUAUCGCCGACUGUUUCCGUCGUACCGCUGCCUCCGAGGGUGUUGUCUCCCUCUGGAGAGGUAACACUGCCAACGUUAUCCGUUACUUCCCCACCCAGGCUCUGAACUUCGCCUUCCGUGACACCUACAAGUCGAUGUUCGCCUACAAGAAGGAGCGUGAUGGCUACGCCAAGUGGAUGGCUGGUAACCUUGCCUCCGGUGGUGCUGCUGGUGCCACUUCUCUUCUCUUCGUCUACUCUCUCGACUACGCCCGUACCCGUCUUGCCAACGACGCCAAGUCCGCCAAGGGUGGUGGUGACCGUCAAUUCAACGGUCUCGUUGACGUCUACAAGAAGACCCUCGCUUCCGAUGGUAUUGCCGGUCUCUACCGUGGUUUCGGUCCCUCCGUUCUUGGUAUCAUUGUCUACCGUGGUCUGUACUUCGGUAUGUACGACUCUAUCAAGCCUGUUAUCCUGGUUGGUCCUCUUGAGGGCUCUUUCCUCGCUUCCUUCCUUCUCGGCUGGACUGUCACCACUGGUGCUGGUAUCGCUUCUUACCCUCUUGACACCGUCCGUCGUCGUAUGAUGAUGACCUCCGGUGAGGCCGUCAAGUACAACUCCUCCUUCGACGCUUUCCGCCAGAUCGUUGCCCGUGAGGGUACCAAGUCCCUCUUCAAGGGUGCUGGUGCUAACAUCCUCCGUGGUGUCGCUGGUGCUGGUGUCCUGUCCAUCUAUGACCAGGUCCAGCUCAUCCUCUUCGGCAAGAAGUUCAAAUAG